CCAGUAGUCGGGCCAGCUGUCGGGCCAAACACCACCAUGCUCUCCCUCCCGCCUCUCGCCUCUGUCGCGCUCGACAACGGCGUCGCACGCACGCCUCCGAUGGGCUGGAUGACGUGGGAGCGCUUCCGCUGCACCGCCGACGGCGGCGACGUGGCGGGCGGCGGCGCGUCUCAGCCCAGCUGUGCCGAGGACCCGGAGAACUGCAUUUCGGAACGGCUGGUUCGGCAGCACGCCGAGAUCAUGGCGCGGCCGGAAUGGAGGGGCGCGGGCUACGAGUACCUAAACAUCGACGACUGCUGGGAGAAUUGGAGCCGCUCGCCGGGCGGCAAGCUGGCGCCCAACUCGACUCGCUUUCCGCACGGCAUGAGGGCGCUUGCCGACUACGUGCACUCGCUCGGGCUCAAGCUCGGCACGUACAACGACAUGGGCACCGAGACGUGCGGUGGCUACCCCGGCGAGUGCAAGGACGAGAGCUGCUCGCUGCCGGGCUACAUGGGUGUCGACGCGGCGACCUACGCGGGGUGGGGGAUCGACUCGCUCAAGAUGGACGGCUGCCACUCGGUGCACACGCACGGCGUGCUCGACCCGGCGUACCGCUGCAUGGGCGAGGCGCUCAACCGGACGGGCCGGCCGGCGAAGGGCGAGGCGCCGGUCAACUACACCGAGACUGCGGCGCGGUGCAACAUGUGGCGGAUGUACAACGACAUCCAGGACUCUUACGAGUCGGUGAGCGGCAUCGUCGACUGGGUGGGCGACCACGCCGAGGCCAACGGCAUGCUGGCCGCGCAGGGGCCCGGCGC